AUGAAGGGUUUUCUCUUUUGGGUCGGUCUCUUGCUUUUGGGCCUUGCCUGCACGGCAAGUGCCCACACCACUUUCACCACGCUUUUCAUCGACAAGAAGAAUCAAGGAGAUGGGACGUGCGUCCGGAUGCCGUACGAUGACAAGACGGCAACCAACCCGGUCAAGCCCAUCACAUCCUCGGAUAUGGCUUGUGGUCGCAACGGUGGUGAUCCCGUGUCAUUCAUCUGUCCGGCAAAGAAGGGAUCUUUGCUGACCUUUGAGUUCCGCCUCUGGCCGGAUGCUCAGGAACCCGGCAGCAUUGAUCCGGGCCACCUAGGUCCCUGUGCCGUCUACGUGAAGAAGGUGGACGACAUGUUCUCGGACAGUGCCGCCGGCGGCGGCUGGUUCAAGAUCUGGGAGGACGGCUACGAUCCCAAGACCCAGAAAUGGUGCGUCGACCGGCUCGUCAAGAACAACGGCCUGCUCUCCGUGAGACUCCCCAGAGGGCUACCCGCGGGGUACUACAUCGUGAGGCCUGAGAUCCUGGCGCUGCACUGGGCUGCCCAUCGCAACGACCCGCAGUUCUACCUGGGCUGCGCGCAAAUCUUCCUCAACAGCGACGUGCGUGGUCCACUUGAGGUUCCUCGGAAGCAGCAGGUGAGCAUCCCUGGAUAUGUCAGCGCCAAGACACCAGGCCUCACGCUCGACAUCUACCAAGAUGAGAUGCCUCCGUAUCCCAUGCCCGGCCCCAAGGUGUAUAUCCCCACCGUCAAGAAGUCCGAUCAGGACUCGAACGUGGCCCCACUGGUUCAGAAGGACGGCCUCAUCCCCAAGGACUGCCUGAUCAAGAAGGCGAACUGGUGCGGCAAGCCCGUCGAGCCGUACUCGACCUCCCGCAUGUGCUGGCGGGCCGUCAAUGACUGCUACGCGCAGAGCAAGAAGUGCAGGGAGAGCUCACCGCCGAUAGGGCUGACCAACUGCGACCGCUGGAGCAACUACUGCGGCAAGAUGGACGCGCUGUGCGAGAAGGAAAAGUUCAAGGGGCCGCCCAAGUUCACCGAGAAGGAGUACGUUGUGCCGGCGCCGGGGAGGCUGCCGGAGGUGUGGAACGACAUCUUUGAGAAACUGGAAGCUUGA